CCGACGUUUCCGACCACCAUUCCGCCAUUACUUCCAACAUCCGUGGCCCACCAUCCUGGCUGUUCAAUGUGUCCGUUGUACUGGAGUACACCCUUGAGAGCCUGUGUGAUAUGUAAACAAAUAACCGAGAGAACUUAAUUUUAAUUUUACACCAGGACCGAGAGACCGUUCUGGUUCUGAACUGCUUUCAUUCGUGAAUUUGUAACAUGGAUUCCAGUAGCUGUUUAGAUUUAGCGCUCGAAGGUGAACGUCUAUGUAAAGGAGGGGACUUCCGAGCAGGAGUAGCAUUUUUAGAGGCAGCUGUCAACAUAGGGACUGACGACACAAGAGUUCUUAGUGCCAUUUACAGUCAGCUUGGAAAUGCCUCGUUUUAUUUGGGAGAUUACGAUAAGGCUCUCGCAUACCAUCAGCAUGAUCUCAAUAUAGCCAAGAGGAGUGGUGAUUUACUGGGCGAGGCAAAAGCCAGUGGAAACUUGGGCAACACCCUCAAAAUGAUGGGUAAAUUCGAUGAAGCCAUAAUGAAUUGUGAAAGGCAUCUAAGCAUAUCCAGGGAGAAAGGUGACAAAAUAGGGGAGGCAAGGGCACUGUACAAUCUAGGCAAUGUGUACCAUGCAAAAGGGAAGCACGUAGCUCGGGCUAGCCAGCAGGACCCUGGAGAGCUGCCGCCUGAUGUGCGGGACUGUCUCCAAAGGGCCAUACAGUGCUAUGAGAAGAACCUGCAGUUGAUGGUAUCCCUUGAUGACCGAUCAGCACAAGGGCGUGCCUACGGUAAUUUGGGCAACACGCACUAUCUGCUCGGCAAUUUUACCAAGGCCGUCACGUACCACCAGCAGAGGUUGAAGCUAGCCAAAGAGUUCGGAGACAGAGCAGCGCAGCGGCGAGCCUACAGCAACCUUGGAAACGCUCACAUUUUCUUGGGGGAGUUUGAACUAGCAGCAGAGUGCUACGGGAAGACUUGCUGGCUCGCCCAAGAACUAGGUGACCGUGCAGUAGAAGCACAGGCGUGUUACAGCCUAGGGAACACGUACACCUUACUGAGAGACUUUGAACGAGCCAUCGAGUACCAUCUGCGACACCUGCGCAUUGCGCAAGAGCUCAAGGAUUUGGUUGGUGAGGGCAAGGCCUAUUGGAGCCUUGGGAAUGCCCACUGCUCCCUGGGGAAUCACAAAGAGGCACUGCGAUACGCAACUCAGCAUCUUCACGUCUCCAAAGAGCUUGGAGAUCAGGUGGGCCAAGCGACAGCACAAAUGAGCAUUGCUGACCUCAAGGAGGCUAUUCAAUGUUCACAAGCAGAUGAAGCAGAUAAACCCAGAAGAGAGAGUAUGGAUCAAAUGAAUUUACUCAAUAUGAGUGGUCAAGCACAGCGAGGUGCCAUGGUGGACGACUCGGACCAGCACAUCAGACCCAGGAUGGACGUUCCUCGGCCAUCAAGAAGCGCCGAACGUAGCCUAGCGACAUCCAUGGAUCAGGACGCAUUCUUUGAGCUGCUCAGCGAAUUUCAGAGCAAACGCAUGGACGACCAACGUUGUUCCAUCACACCCAUAGACAACAAGGAAAACAUUUUGCCAAAUGGGCCGGCUCACAGGGCAUCCUCCAGCAGCUCGAGGCCCGAGGACACUGCCAGCGUGCGCGAAGAACUCCUCGACCUGAUCGUGGGUAUGCAGAGCAGACGCAUGGACGAGCAGCGCACCAGCCUUCCACAGCUACCGGGGUUGAGGAGGAACAACAACAACAACAGCUUGCAUCACCGCAUGUCUGUGGGCUCUGUGCCAGAGGAUGAUUUCUUCGAUAUGCUUAUCCGCUGCCAGGGGAGUCGCCUAGAGGAUCAGCGGAGCAGCAUGCCCACCCUCCAGCGAGCGCCCAGUGCACCUGCGGGUGUCAGCACUUCCCGGUCGGCCCCCACUGUGCCGGACGACGACUUCUUCUCGCUCAUACUGCGUGUGCAGGCAGGACGUAUUGAGGAUCAACGCACACACUUUCAGCCUCCGGAUGUACCUAACUCAACCACAAAUGCCGUGGGAGGGACGACAGCUCCUGCCCCGCAGAGGCCUCCCGCCAGGAGCGGUCUCAAAGGAAGCCUCAAGUCAGCACUCAGAGGGAGCCGUCACUCUAAGUGUAAACAGUGAUACCUGUCGACUGGAUCGACAGUGUGGUCUGCACAGCUACAAGUGGAGUCAUUGCCAAGGCCAUGGCAGGAUUGUUUAAGAAGUGUUUGAGGUUACUGUGCACAGUUAUGCACAGUGCUCCUAAAAGGUCACAAAGAAUCAAAACUUGCGUUGUCUGUACUGAAGCAGCGGUAGAAGGCUGUAAAGUUUUUAUUUUAGGCUUUUAUUAUUUAGGCUAUAUUUUAUUUUAUUAUAAGACUAUUUCUACAAUAUAGUUACGACAGCAUGAACUAGUGACACACAUUUUGUCAACAGUCGGUUGAAAUUUUGCUGGUUAACUAAUAGUGUAACCAUAAAGAUCACUAAUUCACCACCGAAAUUCUGGGGACUAUGUUCUCUUGUUAUCAAAGUUAAAUUCCUGCUGAAAUAUUUGUAAAGCUAUUGCUUGGCAACACCCUCACAAACUGACCACCUCAUCAUCAACCUUUAUUAAAAGGGUACAUACAUUCUUGGUAUAUUUCACUUCCGGGAGUUUUAUAGAAAUCGCCUACCGCUCAACCCAGCCCUACUGCUGGGCGAUGAAGCUCUUUUACCCAUUAGUAGAGUCUUCAGUUUUAUUAGACACUUUUUUUAAAUGCCUCAUAAUUUUAAGCAAACCAUUCUUUUUUAAAUUUUUUUUUUUAUUAUUAGAACAGAAUUUUCAUUAAUUUUUAUCAUGUACUGGUUUUAACCUUAUUGCUCCAUUUAUAACUGAUGACACUUUUAACAACGUUUUGGCGCAUUGUAGCCUUCGUUGCUGCUGGGCCAUAAAAAUGCUAAUCAUCAUCAUCAUCACUUGUCAUAGACUAAAGGUGGUCCGAUUGUUGGUCACAAAGUAUUGGAUAUAAUUCCUAAUAGCAAGUAUUUUAUCUUAAUGUUGUAGGGUAUGAAAUUAUGUACUUAUUUCACAUGUGUUCGAGGGAUACAUCUACUCCUUUGUCUAUCUGUGGUCGGAACACAUUUCUCGGUCAGUGAACUGAUUAAAAGCCACUUAAUUGAACAAUUUUGUGAAGCAGCACCCACUGCUACUACACAAAGAACACGUGUGACUGCAGUAUUUCUAUACGGCGGUAAGCACACUACCACACUGACAAAUUAAUAUAAUUAGCUCAGCUCUGAAUUAAAUUUUUGCUUGGCUACCAUAUUGGCCGUGCCAUUUUUGUCACAUGUUGUAUUUCUGGAUGUUUUUAGUUUCUUCUCGCUUGCUAUGUGGAUAAAGAUGGAAUGGGGGGCUCGCCUUUUGCAGCCAUUGCUGCUGCCUUUGUGAGAGAAUGUGUCAUCCACAUUAUGUACAGUAUUUGAGUGGAUGUUUAUCAUUGCUCGAAAACUCGGCUAGCAAUGACUGUGCAGGACUUAAUCUUACACCUCUUGCUGUGGCCUAGGAAAGCUCCUUAUGUGACCCAGAACGGCGGAGAAAGCAGUGUAAAGGAAUAUAGCAGGGUUGUCAUGAAAUGUGUGUCCUAUGCUGAGAAAAUUGUGCCAACCUACAAAAAAAAUGGACAAAUCUAAAAAAAAAUGUUGGUGAGUGUAGGAAUACAGAGGGAAUUCCCACGAAACUCUGCAUUCAGGAGCUUCCACAUUCCUAACCGUAGACGAAUAUGAUGUAAGAUGUAAAAAAAAAGCGGGCGAAGUGUAGAAUAGCAGUGGUAUUAGCAAGCAGUCUGGAGCCUGUAUGCUAAAAUUGAAACCUUAAAGGAGCAAUGAGGUGACAUGGCUAAAGCCUUUCCGUGGUGGUGGAAAAUUGACAUUUCCGCAAAGUGGGGUUUACAAAAUCCACAGGAUUCCAUGGGCAAGAGAAACCAAGCAAAAAUAUGUUAACAGCAUUCUCCCAAGAUCGCUUACUGGCUCGUCCCGCGCACUUUUCCAGCGUUUCAUAACUUCUCUGUGCACGCAGGAAAUUAGACCCAACUCGGACAAUUUCUGUCCAGGCGUUCGUUCCAUGAUAUGACGUGACAGCAGCUCCCCCUGCCAUUCUUCUUUCUUCUAAGCUCACAGUCACAUGAUCGGCCCACCCGGGGGAUAGCGGACUCCACAAAGUUUUCUUUCUUCUCAGCUCACAGUCACAUGAUCAGCCCAACUAGGGGGAUAGCUGAUUUCACAGAUUUUUCUUUCUUCUCAGCUCACAGUCACAUGAUCAGCCCCCCUAGGGAGAUAGCUGACUCCACGAAGUUUUCUUUCUUCUCAGCUCACAGUCGCAUGAUCAGCCCACCUGGGGGGAUAGCUGACUCCACGAGGUUUUCUUUCUUCUCAGCUCACAGUCACAUAAUCAGCCCUCACGAAGACCCGAUGGCUGACCUCACGAAGUACCUCCUGCUUCUCUCAUUCUCUUACACACUCCUUCUAAGAGUGGAAUGUUUUUGGAAGGCCUUGCGCCAUGCGCUGUGCUGGUCCCCUCCGCUCGUCGCCCUUUCACAGGAGCUCAUUUUAUUUGUCGCAGAGCAGGCCACAGCCAGAAAUAAAAUAAUUACCUUGGGCCACCACAUUGCUCCUUUAAUGUGUGUUACCCUAUAGCACUUGAUAAGUCUUUCUUGCGUUAUCGAUCGUGCAGAAGAAAAAUGACUGAAGCCUUCGGGAACUCCUUUUCGAAUGAGUUUCAAUUGCUAUCACUGUUUGAAAUUGAUUCCGCAGUCUUGUUGCUUUUGCUUUUGUCCCAGAGGGAAGUGAUAAGCUCACACGAAUGCUAAUGGGUUGGCGUACCCCUGAGACAAUCAAGCAGUUUUUUCCCGGGUAUAAUUUGUAUUAAUCAAAGCCAACAAUUGAAGCAAACGGGUUAGGACAGAGCUGAAUUGAGACAGUAUUUAAUAUUUCCCUUACACGUUGUAAGCUAUGCAGACCGCUAACACCAGAGUAAGUUAGGACCGUGGCAGCAGAAGUGGAUUUGCAUUUACCACAUGUACAUACGUUACAAUGUAGUGGCAUCUGUUCUGUACAUAAUGUCGCCUAUUCCUAGAUAGCGUGGAAUGAGAGUACUUAAUAUGCAGCAGUAUCAUAUUGCUUUCUAGCAUUUAGUGCUUCGGGCAUUUUUUUUCAUGUAUUCAGUGACAACUGCACUGGGGCUGUGCUUUCCUCAAAAUACUAUGGCUUGUCUCGUGGAACGCCUUCAUUGGGCCAGAGCCGCAUUUGUGUCACCAUGCGUCUACAGCAGUACAGAGCAUGGCGAUAGAAAACACGGCAACUGGCCCCCAUGACAUGAAAGUGCUGCCUGCUGUAAUAAGGAUACAGUCCUGAAAUAAUGGUCCUUUGAUGGGCUAGAGUAGGUGGGGGUCGUCCAUUUCUUGCGGUGAGGAUGCUAUGUCAUGACAGUAUGUACAUAGUAAUGUGGCAUAAAUUCAGCUUUUUAAAGAGUGUGCUCUAUCCCUCACCACGGGGAAAUAUUCUGCGCUGUUUGUGGCGGUGCCUGCCAGGAGUGUCGUGCGAAACGUUCUUAGAUGUGCCAGCUAUAAUGUGCAUGUACAUGAAUGAUACAUGUGGGAUGGCAGGCUGACAGACCUGACUUGCUGCAAAUGUAACAUUGCUUCGUUUUAGCACGGGGUGUAUAUUUUCGAACGAGAUGACAAAACGGGGCACGGUAUUCGAAUGGCGGUGGCCCAUGUGAAAUUGUACCUCUGAGGUACCCGAUGGAAACAUGAGUACCAAAGCCAGCACGCCCGUAAUAGAAAGUUCUCAUUUUGUAACAUUUAGUUACAAUGCAGUAACCAAACAUUUUUAAAGAUACGGCUCAGUAGUGCACUGUAACACAAUAGCGGCUGCUUACUCAUAUAGUAAAUGACAAUUUCAUGACAUGACAUUUUUGACACGUGCUUGGGUUUUCUGUAAUGGAUGUGCAGUAUAGUGUAAUGUACAGUGGGAAUCUUUUGUCAUGUAUCCUGCCCCCGAAGUUAACGGCAUUUACUCCAGAGGGUGAAUGCCUCUGAGACAAAGGAAAGCGACUCUGUUGUCCCUGCCCCCGAAAUACUUUGCCAUCCUUACCGGUGUGUUCAUGCAGUAUCAUGCAGUACUUCCCUCUUAGCGGCAGCUGUACUAUAUGUACUAUCGGAAUACUAUACUAGAAGGGUCAUAACCGCGCAUCAUUGUACGUACAUGGAGGCUCACGUUGGUCGCCGUCAUAAAUAUGCACGUUUCUGCCGUCUUGCACAAAUAGUCCAUUGUCCCUGCAUGACGUUUCAGGCGACGGCUAAGACGCAUUAAUAUUUUUUACUUGCGGUGCGGUCGAAACCACAUGAGUGCCCAUGUGCGUUGUCAUGUGCCAUUCCACUCACUUCUGUUUUAGUUGUACAUAUUAUUAUUAUUGUUUCUCGAAACUGCUUUUUUUAUUAUUAUUAUUAUUAUUCUCCAUGACUUUAUGUAGCUCUACAACAGGCUUACUCCCACAAUUUAUGAAGCGGCGAACAAGAGAAUUUGCUUCCUUUGAUCAAGAUUUGUAAUUGCAUUUUAAGUUGCUCGCAGGAAGUUGAGAAAAAGGAAUGCAGCUGUGUAUACUACAGUCAGACUAAUUAUGUAGUAUGCUCAUAAUGUUGAAACACUCUGGCUAUGUGCCUCAAGUACUCUGUGUGCUUUGUGGUCCAGUAGCGUAGCAUUGUCCUGCAUUAACAUGUCUUAUUUUUAUAUUUGCGCCAUUAACAUGUGUACAUUUUCUGAGUGUCAGUGAAUGUGUGUACAUACAUGACACAUACACACAAGGUGAUCAAGAAGAGUGAUACGAUUUGUUGUCUGCGGUAAAUUUAAUUGUGUUCAAAAACUUUGUGCCAGCUAAAGGGCCUCUGCUUAAUUAAGCAGACGUGAGCAGAAGUGGUCAGUUCCUCCCUCGCCUAUUCAGUUGUGACAACUUUGUAGAAGCUACCCGAAGAAUGUUAAAUACCAUCAAAUACGCAGUUUUCUGUCACUUCGUUAAUUGUAUAACUGGCACAUCACCACCUCAGGAUUUAAUUAUAAUUAAUACUUAAUGAUUAAUCAGUCAUUAGUUAUCACAAAAAAGAAAUGAGAAAGGUACUACCCUCUUAUGAUCACCCUGUACAUAAGGGACGCAUUUUAUUUUUAGGGUGUCAAGGAUUCACAUAGCCUUCUGUUUUAAUUAAGCCCAAACUACCAUUGUGCUAGUACCUUUGGUGCAGAUUUAUUACGGAGGUGUUCUGUAUAUAUUUGUGCUCUGUGCAGGCAAUGAUGCUUAGAGGAAAGCCUUAUGAUGCAGAUGUAUACACACGAUGCUGUAUUCUCAUAGCAGGCUUAUAAGGUGCUUGGGUUUACACCUGCGUUCAUUUCUACAUUCUGUCACCCCCGAGGUAGCUUAAUAAAAAAAAUUCAUCCCUCGUA